AUGCUGAUCAACCUGUUUAGAGGAUAUAAGGCUCUAAAGGAAAGGAAACUAAACCUCGGUCAAAAACUAAACCUGUGUUCAGGAGAAGCAGUUGCUGAGAUUUACUAUGUUUACAACUAUGUUCCAGUUAAUUAGGAAUUUAAUACUGCUGGGGUUAUUGGAACUGACCGUGGGAGAGGAAACUGUCACCUGUUUCUACUCUAAAGAGUGUGUGCUUCCCUGCCAAUCUUCUUACCAUGAUGUCAUUCACUGGCACAAUGGUCCCUGGAUUGCACAUUCAUUCUACAAUGGUGCUGAUCAGCUAGCACAUCAGAAUGCAUCCUAUAAAGGAAGAACAGCUCUGUUCACUGAUCAGAUCUCUACAGGAAACAUAUCUCUGAUCCUGAGGGGGGUCAGGAUCGAAGACAGUGGCAAAUACAAGUGCUACUCCUCCAUCAGUUCACACAGCAAUGAGGCUUUUGUCAAUGUAAAUGUUAAGGCCCCAAUUCAAUCAGUGGAUAUUAAAUUUACAGAUAAAACGAUCACCUGUUCAACAAAUAAAAUUUACCCAAAACAAACAAUCUCUUGGAACAUUGAUGGAAGCCCAAAAGAGGAGAUCUUUGAGGACAGCCAGCGUCUAUUCUCACUCAAAAGCUCUCUCCCAAUCCAGCCAGACCAGAAAAUCCUGUCAUACAUCUGUUACUUCAGAUCUGGAGAUGGGCAAGUAACCUACAGAGCCAGCCUGAUGCAAGACAAAACUGAAAUCAAUUCAGGAGAGACUGUUACAAUUCGUUGUCCAGAUUCUCAGGGAGAGACCGGGCACUUCAACCUCAUCUUGACAUUUGAUGACUCCUCAGAAGUUCUGAGCUAUAACGGUCAAACCUCACUACCUAUCAACAAAAAAUGGAAAGAUGCAGACGUCAAACUAACGCCUGAAGGAAAAAUCACACUACACAAUCUGGACAGUGCUAAACAUGCAGGAAUCUACACCUGUGAGAGAAAGACUGCUCAAUUCAGACAGAUCAUGCGGACCUCAGUGCACAUCAAUUCAGGUGUAAAUAUCACUCCCAUCAUUGUUGGUGUUUGUGUGCUUGUUCUCGCCUGUGUCAUCAGUACAGCAGUCAUCUGUAUCAAAUACAAAGUCUGUAAGGGAGGAAGAGGGACUGAAAACAUACAAGAUAGCCAAAAUGGGGAAGGAAUGGCGCUAAACAAUCCAAACAGGCCUUUGCCUGAAGGAAAAAUACACUCAGACCCUUAAAAGUUGUAUGUUUGUUACUUUUAUGCUAUUGCUUAAUACUUUUGUAAAUAAUUAAUAUUUGUGCACUGGAAUAUUGUCAAGGGGACAUUCCAUACUUUUCAAGAAGACAACAACUGUGGAGGUGUGGGGUGUGUAGAGCACAAAUAUUUCACACACUCUUUCAACUGCCAAAAAGAAGAAGUUAUGUUAUCCUUAGGAUAUAUGAAGGAGAAUAUAUGAAGGAAGAUAUUAGAAUAGUAAUAAUCCGUCCUGUUAAGAUGUUUAAUUAUCUUUAGUGGAAUUCAAAAAAAUAGGUCUAUUAAUUGUUGGCCAGAAUGGUUGGGUAUUUUUUUGCAGGGGGACCAUGAAUGUCACAGGCCUCAUUCUCAUUGUUAACCUAAAUUGCUGUUCUUUUUGUCUGCCUUAACUGCAAACUGAAGCAACAAGAAAUUCAAAAGAUCAUUGGCCAAAAUAUUCCCACAUAACAUGCUCAUUUGACACCUUUAUGGGUUGCCCAAAUAAGAACCAGAAAGUUAUGUAUACAGUGUUGUUCAUACAUCACGAGGGGCUAAAUAUGGGUUGGGUUGUACAGUGUAUUUGGGGCCCAGAAGGGACCCAGGUGAGAUUAAAUUGAGUCCCACAUGAGCAAUGUUAGCUGGGUUAUAAUGACUGGUGCAUACUGCCAAAAUUGCUCCAACUCGCCAAUGCUUGAAUUCUACAAGACUACUGAAGGUGCUCUGUGGUAUAUGACACCAAAAUGUUUGCUGUAUGUUGAAAUUUAGACUUUUUAUAGUUUUGUAUUUUAUUUUUCAUGAAUACAUAGGUAUAAUAUAUAUUUCUAUCAUUCUUGUUAUAAUCUAUAUGUUGUAAAUUGAUUGUAAUAAAAUUGUUAUUUGUCUAACUGGUUUUAUCACUCCCCAUUACCUCUGGGUCUUUGGUACUGCAAUGCAGGAAACCCCACCUCAUGAAGUACCAUUUGAGUGGCAAGUAAACUACAGCUCUGGGAAAAAUAAAAUAAGAGACCAAUUCAAAA